UGCUUUACGGGCACCGACAGCUCGGUGUCGGUGAAAACGAGGCAGGGCCGCCGUUCUCCGUCAAGCUAGCCUGGGUUAAGAUAAAACCAGUCUGCCUUCAGAAUAAAGGCUCUGUCUUUUGUUGUGAAGUGUCCGCUAACACGCCGUUUGUUUUGAAUGCUGUGACCGGGACUGGUUCAUGUAACUCGGAGGUUUGACUGUGUUUGGGCCACAGCUACAGACCCGUGACGCUGAACUCAAUGUGAGGAACCGACGGUACAUGUGUGUGACAUUACAACGCAGGAGGACCGUGGACCUGAUCACACAUGGAUCCCAACCGGAUCAUCCAGGCUCUGAAAGGGACCAUCGACCCCAACCUGAGGGUAGCGGGGGAGAACGAGCUCAACCAGUCUUACAAGAUCAUCAAUUUUGCCCCAACCCUGCUUCAGAUCAUAAUGUCAGAGCAGGUGGAGUUUCCUGUUCGCCAGGCAGCGGCCAUCUACUUGAAGAACAUGGUGAGUCAGUACUGGCAGGACAGAGAGCCGUCUCAAGGCGAGGUCGUCUUUCCCUUCAACAUCCACGAGAACGACCGGCAGCAGAUCAGAGACCACAUAGUGGAGGGCAUCAUCCACUCUCCAGAGUCCAUACGUGCCCAGCUGACCAUGUGUCUGCGAGCCAUCAUUAAGCACGACUUCCCCGGCCGCUGGACUGCCAUAGUGGACAAAAUCGGCAUGUACCUGCAGUCUCAGAACGGCGGCAGCUGGUACGGCAGCUUGCUGGCUCUCUACCAGCUAGUCAAAACAUACGAGUACCGGAAGGCAGAUGAGAGGGAGCCAUUGCUGGCAGCCAUGCAGAUCUUCCUGCCAAGGAUUCAGCAGCUCAUCAGCCAGCUGCUGGCUGACGCUACCAUCUUCUCUGUCCUCAUCCAGAAACAGAUCCUCAAGAUCUUCCACGCUCUCGUACAGUACUCACUGCCUCUCCAGCUGAUCAACAACACAGUGAUGACUCAGUGGAUGGAAAUCCUCCGAGCCAUAAUGGACCGAGACGUCCCAGCUGAAACAUUGGAGGUUGAUGAAGACGACCGUCCUGAGCUGGCAUGGUGGAAGUGUAAGAAGUGGGCGUUACGCAUCAUCACAAGACUGUUUGAAAGGUAUGGAAGCCCUGGCAAUGUUACAAAGGAGUACUACGAGUUUGCAGACUUUUUCCUGAGGACAUAUGCAAUGGGCAUACAGCAGGUCCUGCUGAAGGUAGUGGACCAGCACCGACAGAAGCAGUAUGUUACUCCUCGAGUCCUGCAGCAGUGCCUCAACUACCUAAAUCAGGGCCUGUCACACUCACUGACCUGGAAACAGAUGAAGCCCCAUAUGCAGACCAUAUGCCAGGAGGUCAUCUUCCCUCUCAUGUGUUACAAAGAUGAAGAUGAGAAGCUAUGGCAGGAAGACCCUUAUGAGUACAUCCGCAUGAAGUUCAACCUCUAUGAUGACCAAGCCCUUCCAGCCACUGCUGCCCAGAGCGUCCUCUGUAAAGCUGCUCGAAAAAGGAAGGAGGUUCUUCCUCAGAUGAUGGACUUCUGCCACAAGAUACUGAUGGACCCAUCUGCUGACCCUCGCAAGAAGGACGGGGCACUGCACUGUAUUGGAGCUCUGGCUGAACUUUUACUGAAGAAGCGAAUAUACAGGGAGCAGAUGGAACUGAUGUUGCAAAACUAUGUCUUCCCUCUGCUAAACUCUCCAAUGGGUUACCUGCGAGCCAGGUCGUGCUGGGUGCUCCACUGCUUCAGCCCACUGCGUUUCCAUGAUGAGCUGGUGCUCAGGAAUGCCAUCGAAUUGGUGAAACAGGAUCUAAUUGACGACAAAGAGAUGCCUGUCAAGGUGGAAGCUGCAAUGGCUCUACAGACGCUGGUCAGCAACCAAGAACAAGCCAAGCUUUACAUCAGGCCGUACAUUCGGCCGGUCAUGCAGGAGCUGCUGACUGUGGUGAAAGAGACGGAGAAUGAUGACCUGACUAACGUUAUUCAGAAGAUGAUCUGCGAGUACAACCAGGAGGUGGCCGCUAUCGCUGUGGACAUGACGCAGAACUUGGCGGAGAUUUUCACUAGGGUCCUUCAGAGUGAGGAGUACGAGGAGAACGAGGACAAGACUGUCAUGGCCCUGGGCAUCCUGAGCACCAUCGACACCAUCCUCACAGUCAUGGAGGACCACAAGGAGAUCACUCAGCAGUUGGAGGGGAUCUGUUUGCAGGUGAUCGGUCUGGUCUUGCAGAAACCCAUCAUAGGUAUGGCAGAGUUCUAUGAGGAGAUCUUGUCGCUGGCGUUCGGCCUCACCUGUCAGACCAUUUCCCCCCAAAUGUGGCAGCUUCUUGGCGUCUUGUACGAGGUGUUCCAGCAUGAUUGCUUUGACUACUUCACAGAUAUGAUGCCGCUCCUGCACAAUUAUGUUACCGUGGAUACAGACAUGCUUCUUUCCAACCCUAAGCACUUAGAGGUCAUCUACAGCAUGUGCAAAAAGGUUCUGGCCAUAGAUGCAGGUGAGGAUGCAGAGUGUCAAGCUGCCAAACUGUUGGAGGUCAUCAUCCUGCAGUGCAGAGGCAGAGGCAUUGACCAGUGCAUCCCUCUGUUUGUGGAGGCAGUUCUGGAGCGUUUGAUGCGGGGGGUGAAGUCCAGCGAGCUGAGGACCAUGUGCCUGCAGGUGGCCAUCGCUGCUUUGUACUACAACCCGGCCCUGCUCAUCCACACACUGGAUAACAUGCACUUCCAACACAACCCUCAGCCCAUCACUGCCCACUUCAUCAACCAGUGGAUAAAUGACACAGAGUUCUUCCUGGGGCUCCAUGACCGUAAGAUGUGUAUCAUUGGCCUGAGCGUGCUGAUGGAGCUGCCAAGUCGGCCGGCAGUGCUGGAGGGAGUCUCCGCCCAGAUUGUCCCCUCCAUCCUGCUGCUGUUCUUGGCCCUCAAACACCUCAACGCCUCUCGCCUUGUCAACAAGCCAGACCUGCUGGCCCAUGCAGGGGCACAGGAAGAAGACCAGAACGAGGAGAUUCCCAGUGAUGAAGAUGAAGUGACCGAGAACCGUAACGCCAUGCAGCAGCAGUCCAGCAUGCCGACGGGCCAGGCCAGCGAGGAUGAUGAUGAAGAUGAGUACUGGGACGAGGACGGCUUUGAGGGAACACCCCUGGAGGAGUACAGCACGCCAUUGGACUACGACAACGGAGAGGACGAGUAUCUUUUCUUCACCUCCGCCCUGCUCCGGGUCCAGAACACCGAUGCAGCCUGGUACCAGUGUUUGAUAGCUUCACUCAGCGAUGACCAGAAGAAACAGCUGCAGGAGAUCUACAGCAUCUCACAGCAGAGGAGGAGCACUGCCGCCAAGGGCCAGUGAGCACCGAGGAGAAAGUCUGCAGAAUCAGAGAACGGGACGAAAAAGAGGGGAGUUGGUCUGACCUGACAUGAAGUGGAUUUCUGUCUGAUCUGAAUUAUCUCAGUCAAGAGCAGACCAUAUCAGACUCAAUGGAUCCCAUCAUAACCAGGAUGGAUGAAAUACUAGAGGCUGGGCCAGCAUUCUAUUUUUAAACCUGAUGCCCUGUAAAGAGCCCUCACUGGAAUAUUCCUAUCACCAGGACAGGACUGCUGACCUGUGUGUGUGUGUGUGUGUGUGUGUGUGUGUGUGUGUGUGUGUGUGUGUGUGUGUGUGUGUGUGUGUGUGUGUGUGUG